AUGAACCCUUAUUCCAUGUCCAAGCCCAGCUAUGGCGCCGCCAGUGGCCCGACGAACAGCGGCCCCAUCUCGCUGGUGAUUAGCACCGUGCAGUUAGCGCUGCUGAUGCUGGCGCCCUGGGCCUUCUUUGCCACCUUGACCUGGGCGCUCAUGAGCAGAUGGGCCCCUCGAGUGAGUUGUUCUGUGUUCACCGACGCGUCCGAGGUCCAUUUGUACCAUUCGAUCCGCUUGGUGGUCUUGUGCUUCUUUGGAUCCCUAGUGGUGCUGCUGAUGGUCUGUGCUGCCAUGUGCCGCGUGCAGUGGCUGCGCAAGGGCGGGAGGAUUGGGGAAGCUGAGCCACGCUACAUGAAGAAGUACUACAGCAUCACUGACUUGGACUUCUAUGACAAUGUCAAUCCAGCGCGCAGUUUCGGAAAAGAGAUGUUGGAUGCAGGGCGAGUGAUCUUCACCAAAGGAUCUCGCUUGGACUACCACCGGAGCUUUGCGCACUUGGGCGCUCGUGGAGUCGGGAACCGGAUGUGGCAAAGUGCAGUGCAGGACGACCCCGAGAAAGUAGUAGCCGUGCAUCAGAACGGCUCCACCUUCUGCGUGGUGCCCAUCAUCGCCGCCAACGACCAAGCGCUGCCAGCCACCUUCGACUUUUGGGCGGCUGGGAAGGACUGCUGUGGGGAGACUGGAGCAGGCUUCGCCUGUGGGGCAGCCAAGAGCGCCGUGGCACGGGGCUGCUUGACCCAGCAGAUGAGCCUUGGGCAGCAAGCUUCCUCGCGUGCUUUUGCUUUGCUUUUCUAUAUUCUAUAUGAUUUGCGUGACAUGUUGCCGUUGGGCUUGUCAGUGAUGCUAAUUGCAGUGGAGGAGUACAACUACCGGCAGGCGGUUCGCUUUGCAGAAGUGGGCUUUCACCUCGAAUCCGUUCACCCGCUCUUCUUUGAGUGGACUGCGAAUCCCAUUGGGGACAUGAGUGUUCCGCGAGAGGAAGCCUUUGCGAUGUACUUCAUGACCAACUUAGUGUUCUUGCUUGGUACCUUCCUUCUGGUGGUGGUUGGCUACGUCUGCUUCCUGCGCGCGAAGAAUUAA